AAAAAAAAAAAAAAAAAAGAACUUUAUGUAUAUAGCAUUUAAGAAUAUAUAUAUGCUUUCGUAAUGUAUAACUCAGCACUAAAAAUCUCCUCCGUUCUCCCCAAAACGGAAUUCAAUUUUUUCCCGGGUAGAAAAAACUGAAAAUCUCCCACGCUUUUUCCUAUCCUUUUCCAAUCUCAAAACAGACACAUUAAUUAAAAAAAAAGAAAAAAAAAAAGAAAAUUCUAAACUCUUCUCAUUUUUAUAUCCCAGGAAACAGAUAGAACCUUCAAACCCAAACCAAACCCCUCUCCUCUCUCUCUCUUAUUCACACUGUCACACACUGUCACUAUACCUCUCUUUCUCUAUAUCUCCCUCUUCUCUCUCUUUUUCUCCGAUCAGUUUCCGGCGACUUUCGCAAUCGCUCUGGCUAUAAACCAAUUCGUAUAGAAUGGGAAGAGAAUUAUGAGGAACUGCCUUUAUCGGUGGCGAUCAUGUCGGUGUCGUGCUCGGAAUGCUUCUCCGACCUUCUCUGCGGCGAGGACUCCGGAAUCCUGUCGGAGGAGUACUCGCCGGCGGAAUGCUUCUCUGACCUGGAAUAUUCCGUCGAAAGUUAUUGCAGCGAGGAAUCCAUCGCCGGCUUCAUCGAGGACGAGAGGAACUUCGUCCCCGGCGUCGAUUACCUCUCCCGCUUUCGCUCUCACCCUUUCGACGCCUCCGCUCGAGCUCUGUCCGUUGCAUGGAUUCUCAAGGUCCAUUCUUACUACGGUUUUCAGCCGCUGACGGCGUAUCUCUCCGUCAACUACUUGGAUCGGUUCCUGUACUCUCGCCGCUUGCCGCACUCGGAUGGGUGGCCAUUGCAACUGUUAUCCGUUGCUUGUUUGUCAUUGGCUGCAAAAAUGGAGGAACCUCUGGUUCCUUCUUUGUUGGAUCUUCAGAUUGAGGGUGCAAAGUACAUUUUCGAACCCCGAACGAUCCGCAGAAUGGAGCUUCUUGUUCUUAGUGUGUUGGAUUGGAGGCUAAGAUCCAUAACACCCUUCAGUUUCAUCGCUUUCUUUGCAUGUAAGCUCGACUCCACCGGGACUUUCACUGGGUUUCUUAUUUCACGCGCCACAGAAAUUAUCUUAUCCAAUAUCCAAGAGGCUAGCUUUGUUGAAUACCGGCCGUCAUGCAUUGCGGCGGCGGCGAUACUUUCCGCCGCCAACGAGAUCCCUAAUUUCUCAAUGGUUGAUGCGGAGCAAGCUGAAUCAUGGUGUGAUGGAUUAAGCAAAGAGAAAAUAAUAGGAUGCUACGGGCUAAUGAAAGAUAUUUUGCUUGAAAGUGGUUGCCGGAUGAAAAAGACACCAAAAAUCUUACCGCAGCUUCGAGUUACAAUUCGGGGCAGAAUGAGGUCAAGUACUAGUGACUCAUCCUCGUCAUCCUCGUCAUCAUCUUGUAAAAGGAGGAAAUUGAAUAACUGCUUAUGGGUAGAUGAUGACAAAGGAAACUCCGAGUGAGGGGAAAAAGGAGGGAAUAAUUAAAUAAGGGAAAAGAAAAAGUGGGGGGUGGGGGGAAUGGUGGCCCCAAGUUGUCUAGAAACCUCAAUAUUUUUUUGGAGGGUUUUGAGAUUAUAAUAUUGACUUGAGUGAUGGUGUAGAGAUUAUAGUAUAAUAUAUAUAUAUAUAUAUCUUAUAUAAUGUAUUUAUGAGAGAGAGA